AUGGGUCCAAUCCAGCACUUUGACCGCAGUCUUGGCUCUGCUUAUCUUCUCGCGUCUCGACGCCACCACCCCUUUAUUUUCUGGGAUACGGAAGGGGUCCUCCUUCCACUUGGAGUUAGAAAACCUGUCAUUAAAGCCCGCGUGGGCCUGCAGCGCUGCGGAUCGUCCAAGGUCGAUCCAGAGUUUCUUUCUCCCUCCCAAUGUGGCAGGCAGACCCCUCGCAACAAAACUGUAGACCCAACCGUGAAAAGGCAUAAGGUUGAACUUGGACAGUCCACUAUCUCGGAUCAACAUGGACUUCGCCUACCACCAUUUUCAUCAGCAUUCCUUCAAUGCUGGGCAUUUGAUGCGAUGGUCAACUUUGAAAGAGCGUCUCGUGCGUGCCGUACUUUCCAGGACUUGCAGGAACACCCAGUCACCAUGUAUCAGUCUUACAAAAGUAAUUCGUUCCGCUCAAAAGGCUGUGCUGUGUCCGGUUAUGCAUCACCGUGGUCUUCCGGCACAGGAAUCCUGUCCUAUGGUUGCGAAGAGUCGGGAAUAGCCAAGAACGCGGGUGCGGAUGGCUCGGCCGAUCACUGGACUGACUUGCUGAUGAUCACGACAGGCACGUGGUGGCAUCAUUUUGGAAGUACUAUGAAAGCAUUGAUACGACAUGACUAA